GAGAGAGGGAGGGAGGCCACCGACCGACAGAGCUGCUGGGCUGCUGGGCUCCUGCGCGCUCACGCUCCCCGCCGCCCGCCUAGGCGCAGGCAGGGCGCAGGCGGCGGCGGGCGGCAUGGAGAGCCUGCUGGAGAACCCGGUGCGCGCCGUGCUCUACCUUAAGGAGCUCACGGCCAUCGUGCAGAACCAGCAAAGCCUCAUCCAUACCCAGCGCCAGCGCAUCGAUGAGCUGGAGCGGCGUCUAGACGAGCUGAGCGCGGAGAACCGCAGCCUGUGGGAACACCAGCAGCUGCUGCAAGCCCAGCCUCCGCCUGGGCUGGUUCCCCCGCCGUCUGCCCCACUGCCGGCUCCUGCAGCCACUGCUCCGGCCGCCACUGCGGCCCAGGAACCGCUUCAGGACCACGGACAGCUCAUACCCGCCACGCCGGAGCCGCCGCUUCAGCACCACGGACAGCUCCUGGCACAGCCACAGCCGGCCCCCAGCAGCAGGGUUCAGACUCCCCAGUCGCCCCACCAGCACCCGGUGGCACCCGGGGCCGUAGCUGACAAGGAGAAGGAGCGUCCCUCGAGUUGUUGUGCUGCCGCGGGAGCCCUGCUUCAGCACGCAUCCCCCGCCGCCCUCGGCAAGGGCGUCCUGAGCAGGAGACCCAAGAAUGAGACCGUGCUACACCAAUUCUGCUGCCCCGCCGCUGACACUGAGCAGAAGCCUGCUUGCUCUGACCUGGCUUCCCAAAGUGAUGGCUCCUGUGCCCAGGCCGGUGGGGGCAUGGAGGACUCCGUGGUGGCAGCGGUGGCAGCCGGCAGACCCAGUGCCCAUGCCCCGAAGGCUCAAGCCCCGGAGCUACAGCAGGAGGAGGAGCGGCCAGGGGCGGUGGGCUCCCCACGGGCUGGCCCCCUCCGCGCGGCCUCCCCUGGCCAGCAGCAGCCUGCCCUGGCGACGGCGCUCUGCUCCCACACUCCUGCUGCCUCUGAGUACGAACUCUCCCUUGACCUAAAGAAUAAACAGAUUGAAAUGCUAGAACACAAAUACGGGGGCCACCUGGUAUCCCGACGCGCCGCGUGCACCAUCCAAACCGCUUUUCGCCAGUACCAGCUCAGCAAGAACUUUGAGAAGAUCCGUAACUCGCUCCUGGAGAGCCGCCUGCCUCGGCGGAUCUCGCUGCGCAAGGUGAGGGCGCCCACAGCGGAAAGCCUGGUGGCAGAGAAGGCACUCCUGGAGAGCUGUGGGCUCCUGGGGCUCCCGCUGGGGCGCUCGCCCUCCCUACCACCCACCUUCGCAGGCUCUCUCACCGAGCUGGAGGACUCCUUUACCGAGCAGGUGCAGUCCCUGGCCAAGUCCAUAGACGACGCCCUCAGCACCUGGAGCCUCAAGACCAUGUGCUCGCUGCAGGAGAGUGGCGCGUACCAGCUCCACCAGGCGCUGCACCCUAGUGCCGGGCAGCCAGGUCUGGAGACCGAGGCGGCGCGGGAGCCGGACAGCGGCCCAGGGUCAGGAGAUGAGGCCGGUAGCCUGCCUCAGGGUCACAGCGGUACCCUCAUGAUGGCUUUCCGGGACGUCACGGUGCAGAUCGCUAACCAGAACAUCUCUGUUUCCUCCUCCACCGCCCUGUCUGUGGCUAACUGUCUGGGCGCACAGACCGCUCAGGCCACAGCCGAGCCUGCAGCCGUUCAAACCGAACAAGGGGACGCUGCGACUCAGGAGGUCUCGGAAGUCCCAGCCUCGGAACUGAUGGACCCACCCGUUGAGGACUCAGAGGCGGCGGAGAGCGGCGCCCAGAGCGCACACGAACCCACGGUGGCCGAGGCCGUGGUGGAGGAGGCAGUGGCUACAGAAGCAGAAGAGGAAGAAGAAGGGGCCGGGCAGGCAGGGAAAGGGGCGGAGGCUGAGGUGGGCGACAACUCUGAGCAGUUGAGCAGCAGCAGCGCAUCCACCAAGUCCGCCAAAUCUGGCUCAGAGGUCUCUGCCGCUGCCUCCAAGGAGGCCCUGCAGGCGGUGAUCCUGAGCUUGCCUCGCUACCACUGCGAGAACCCAGCCAGCUGCAGGUCCCCCACGCUCUCCACAGACACCCUGCGCAAGCGGCUAUACCGCAUCGGCCUCAACCUCUUCAAUAUAAAUCCGGACAAGGGCAUCCAGUUCCUGAUCUCCCGUGGCUUCAUCCCCGACACCCCCAUCGGUGUGGCCCACUUCCUCCUCCAGCGCAAAGGCCUCAGCCGCCAGAUGAUAGGAGAGUUUCUGGGCAAUAGCAAGAAGCAGUUCAACCGGGACGUGCUAGACUGCGUGGUGGAUGAGAUGGACUUUUCCAACAUGGAGCUGGAUGAAGCCCUGAGGAAGUUUCAAGCGCACAUCCGAGUGCAAGGGGAAGCCCAGAAGGUAGAGCGACUCAUAGAAGCUUUCAGCCAACGCUACUGCAUGUGCAAUCCUGAGGUGGUGCAACAAUUCCACAACCCAGACACUAUCUUCAUCCUGGCCUUCGCCAUCAUCCUCCUCAACACCGACAUGUACAGCCCCAACAUCAAGCCUGACCGGAAGAUGAUGCUGGAAGAUUUUAUCCGGAACCUCCGAGGUGUGGAUGAUGGCGCUGACAUCCCCAGGGAGCUGGUGGUAGGCAUCUAUGAAAGGAUCCAGCAGAAGGAGCUCAAGUCCAAUGAGGACCAUGUCACAUAUGUCACCAAGGUGGAGAAGUCCAUCGUGGGCAUGAAGACGGUGCUGUCCAUGCCACAUCGCCGCCUGGUCUGCUGUAGCCGGCUCUUCGAGGUGACCGAUGUGAACAAGUUACAGAAACAAGCCGCCCACCAGAGAGAAGUGUUCCUCUUCAACGAUCUGCUGGUGAUUCUCAAGCUGUGUCCAAAGAAGAAGAGCUCCUUCACAUACACCUUCUGCAAAGCGGUUGGCCUGUUAGGCAUGCGAUUCCACCUCUUUGAGAACGAGUAUUACUCUCAUGGUAUCACCCUGGCGACCCCGCUCUCGGGCUCCGAGAAGAAGCAGGUGCUGCACUUCUGCGCCCUGGGCUCCGAUGAGAUGCAGAAGUUCGUGGAAGACCUGAAGGAGUCCAUCGCCGAGGUGACAGAGCUGGAGCAGAUUCGGAUAGAAUGGGAACUGGAGAGGCAGCAGGGAACAAAGACACUCUCUGCAAGGUCUGCUGGAGCCCAGGGGGACCCACAGUCAAAGCAAGGAUCACCCACAGCCAAGAGGGAAGCGAUGGCAGGAGAGAAAGCGACGGAGAGCUCGGGGGAGGUAUUAAUCAAUGCCUCCCCAGCCCGACUCACCAUUUUACCAAUUUCAAGAGAUACAAUUAAAAGUUACUGCUAGCAUGGGUAACACUCAUCCAGCGCCUAGUUAAGCCACAAGCACUGCCCAACUGCUCCCCAGCCAGCCAGCCGACCCGGCCCACUGCCCUCCAGGGCCAAACCCCCAGCCCAGCCCGGGGAGAUAAACCCACGAACAGUAGCGGCCCUCCCUUCCACACUCUUUGCACACCCACUGCCCUCCCACCCCAACACACUGCUCGCUACCCCCCCAAAUACGUGGCUGUGGCGUGUCAGAAACUCACUGGUCCCUUUCUAGGUCCUCCCAUUCCUUAAACAGGGAGCCCCGCUCCCUCCCAAAGUCAUCCCAAAGCCAAGUUCUCCAUGAUCAUUCCUAGGGUCAUCUGGAUUCCUCCUGGGGAAACUGGAGGACCGGGGUUGAGACAGUGAGAAGGAGUUUCUCCCUGGAACAACUAACUAGUCUCUGGAAAGCUGGCCCUGGGGUGGGGUGAGCACAGGAGAAAAGGAGGCCAAGCAGAGGUAGGAUACCUCCGAGGUUUUCCUGGGGGAUGAGCUGAUCAAGCUAAAGACCCUCCUCGCUGGAGGAGGAGAGGAUGCCAUCUCCAAGCCACAAGGGACAGGAACCUAGAAGUAACAGCUGGCUUCUAGCAGCCCCUAAAGGCAGCAUACACUGCCUCCCAUAUAGACCCUCUCCUCGGCUGCCAGGCCUUCAGGACCACCAGCUGCUCAUAGACAGUCCUCUCUCAUGCCCCCAGCGGGAGGGCUCCCCUACAUGUAAGGGAGAUACCCACCCAGCAGCCUGCCAAGCCCUGGGGAGCCACAGGAUACCUGGGAGUUCAGUUUCUCUCUGUCCCUGCACCCCACCCCCCACGUGUUUCUGGAGGAGGCACCUUUACCCGGAGGAGCUUCCCGCCCCAGCAGCUGAACAGCCCCCAGGGUGGGUAUUCCAUCCCCUGCCCUGCGCCCGCAUCUUCCUGCAGCUGCCCAUUCUCAGCCUUGCAGAUAACCCUAGUCACCAGCCCUCCGGUUCAUCCUCUUGGGGCUACCCAGGGAGGACCAGCCACAUGGUGCCCCCCUUCCCUCCUAGCUGCCCAAAGGGGCCACAUGGCUAUCUGCAAGGCUGCCUUGCCCCUCCAGCUAGCUCCAGGGAUCCUGCCAGCCUCUGCUUCCUUAAACAGAGGGCAAUCUGGCCACCCCAUGGCCUCUCGGCUUGGCCCUAGCUCCCUCUCCUCUGGCAUUGCUUGGCCAAGCCCCUGUGGCAGGCGCUCCUCCAUCUUCUCUGAGCUAUUGUGUCUGCUACUCAUGUUCAUUCUCUCUCUCUCUCUCUCUCUCUCUCUCUCUCUCUCUCUCUCUCUCUCUCUUUCUCUCUCCCUCUCUCUCUCUCUCAGACUUUUCACUUACUGAAUCUUAAAGGAUCUGAGCUGGGGUGGGACUGUCACUCAUUUGGAGGAAAUGGAAAUUGUCUGCAGGCCGAGGUGUGGGCGGCAUGGGUGGGAUGAAGGAGAAGGAAGGCUCACUGGCCUGGGCCGCGUAGCCCAAUAUUGGUGCACUAGGCACAGGGGUGCUGUGAGGUGUGGGUGGGAAAGCAAAGAGGAUGAGCUUGGUCAGGUGGUCUCUGGCCAUUUCUCCUGGAGACUUAUUCAGUCCUGGUAGAUAUAAGAUUAGCCUGUGCCCUGCAUUAGCGGUGGUAACGUGCCCUUCUGCCUAUGACAUCCCCUGAGAGGACAGAGAUGCCGGCCAUGCCCUCUGCUGGCUGUGUGUCUCAACAGCAAAGAACUCUGAACACCUCACCUAGGGUGAUUUCCAGCCUGGGGAAUGCUGCCCAGGAGGAGGGAGAAGAGGGAGAAGAAAGUCUUGUAACUGACUGCUUUUGGAGCUGGGGCUUAAGGAUCUUAGUGACGACUUAGCAAGCCUCACGGGAGACUGCACACGUCUAGAAAAGGAGGGGGCAAGUCUCUGAAAUUACAGUUUUAGACAGUAAACAGGGCUGGUAAAUGCUGCUCUGGGGUUCUGAGAGAGUGUGAGUUGUUCUGGCCCAGGCUUGGAGUAAGGACUUCUCCCCUGCAGCUUCAGCCCACCCCUCUGUGCCUGAGAAGUUGGCUCUACAAGGUGGAACCUGAGGAUAGACAGGUCCAGGAAAAAGCAUCUCCAGAGAGAAGGAUCCCAGCUGCACCUGCAAGGCCCAUGUGUCUGGAGAGAUGGUGGUGUCUCACAGUUAGCUACCAGCUAGGGAGACAGGAUGAGGAUGAAGAAUUACGUCAUUCUCAUCCCCUCGGGUCCAUUUCCUCUGCCUCUUCUGCUGGCAAGAGGGCGCUAGAUGUGUUCAUACUCCUAGGCCUACAUAAUGGGUCUCAGAUGCAGGUUCAAGAGGGACAGACUGUUGUGGGAUAAGGAGUUUAUUAGAAGAGUUAUUAACAUCCUGGACACAGACGGACAAACAGACUGACUGACAGACAGACAGACAAGAACAUGGCAUGGCUCUAAGACACCAGAGACAGACCACAAACAGGGGUCUAACGAGAGGAAUCAGGGCCAGCAUGGUAGAAGGGUCUUCUUAGAAGUGUCUGAAGAAUCAUGGGCCUGCCAGCAGGCUCUCUGAUUCACAGAUGGGAGUCAGGAUGUUAGCACCAAUACCCACCUUGAUGCUAAUGCACUUCUCUGGAUGAGAAUCUCUGGUACCCGGAAGCCUGUUAGCUGGAGACUCGGAAGCCUGUUAGCUGGAGACUCGGAAGCCUGUUAGCUGGAGACUCGGAAGCAAUGCCCUGAGGAUGCAAUGCCCCUCAGUGUCUGUGGGAAGGAAAAGGCUGCCACUGCAGUAGUUUUAGCCUGGGCAGCAAUUCUAACGUGAAGUUCUUAUGAUGAAUCUGCCCUGGCCACCUGCUCCUGACCUUGGGGAUCAAGAUAGGAUCUCUCCAUCUCUCAGCUUGAGGGGGACAGGAAGGUGAUGGGGACUUGACUCUGCCCUUGACUAUCUCAACAUCUCUCAAAUGCAAAGGCCUCAAGGACUGUAGUAGGACAGGGCAGGUUAGGUCCACAGGACCCCCUUCAAGGUUCCCUGGCAUUCUGGGCACCUUAAUGGUAGUGAUGAGGCUUCCUCCUUAAUCACACCCUGAGACACAAGGGGAAUGGUGCUGCUUCUCAGGUGCAUCGGAUAGAGGGAGUACAUAGGGAGGACUUUGCCCUGCAGAAUCAUCUCACAGGAGGUGCAAUUGUGGUAUGGAGAGCGGUGGUGGUUGGUAUUCUCCAUGCUACCACAAAAGAGUGGUCUGAGAAGCCAUUUCCCUGUGGGUGAAGAGACCAGCAUGGGGAUUGGAGAUGGGGGUUAGAGGGUCAAAGCCGGGAAGAGCAGGAGAGGUCUGAAGGGAGGUUCUGGGAGGCUUGGGUGGCCAGCCCCAGCAGCUGGGAAUUAGUGGUAACAUUUCAUGCUUCUCUGGCUGUUUCUAAACUAGGUGUCAAUUCACAACAGGCUUCAAACGUUCCAGCACAGCCCCAAGUUGGGGGUCGAGAGGGGAGCGCCAGCACCAUCACCACCAACAUCACCACCACCACCGUUGCCACCAGACCCACAGCCUAGUCCCCUGAGGGAGCAGCCCCCGCCACUGCCACUGCCACCACCCACACCCCCAGGCACCCUGGUACAGUGCCAGCAAAUUGUCAAGGUCAUUGUCCUGGAUAAACCCUGCUUGGCCCGCAUGGAGCCCCUGCUGAGCCAGGCUCUGUCCUGCUAUGCCUCAUCCUCCUCAGACUCCUGUGGCUCCACACCUUUGCGUGGUCCGGGCUCCCCAGUUAAGGUCAUCCACCAGCCUCCACUGCCCCCACCCCCACCCCCAUACAACCACCCUCACCAGUUCUGCCCACCAGGCUCUCUGCUACUCCGGCGCCGCUACUCCAGUGGCUCCAGGAGCCUGGUGUAGACCCUUAGCACCCCGAUGUUCCAGUGGGUUGUCCUUCAGGAAUCUGGGCUGCUCCUUGGCACUCCUCACAUCUUGGCAUAAUGCCUUCCUGGCCACUGGUCACUGUCGUGGAAAGAGAAUGCCCUGGCAAGAUGGUUUGCUUGACCCAACCAUCCUUCACUACGUGAUUUGAGUACCUCACCACAAACAUACCACUUUCUCACUCUCUCCAGGGGUGCCACAUGGCCAGAUGGGCCUUCUCCUCUGUGUUCACCAUGCUCCCCUAAUUAGAUUGUACAUCGAAGGAGCCAAGGGGCCUGUGGGGCUGAUGGGCUGACCAUCUUGGUCUACUAGUGUCCAUGUCUUGGGCCAGUGGACAAGAGCAAAAGGCUGGACCUGCCAGCAGCACACCCUAGGACGGGGCAGGCUACCCCAGCAUAAGGUGUAUCUAUGACCAAGCUGAAUCAAGGAAUGCUAUCCCUGGCUCCCUGGAGAGGUCUAAACAUAGUAGGAGAAGGGAGCUUUGUCUGCUGUGUCCUGUUAUCCAAACCUACAGUCAGGAAACUCGUUCUUAGCUCCCCAGGGACAUUGGCUCCCUUAACCAUGUCUGCUCUCCUGCCUCCCCUAGACCCAGGAAAGAUCCAAGAAAGAGAAGGAAUUGGGGUAUUCAGGUUUAUCUGGGUCAGUUCAACAUGGCCCUGAAACGGUGAGGUCAUGUCUGCAAAGUGCACUUUUUAAGAACAUUUCUUGGUUCUCUAGCCUUAAACACUUGGCCAGUACUGAGUGUACACAGGCAGUUAUCCAUAAACACAUGUGAGAACCAGGUUGAUGACUUCCUUGUGGAACCAGAAGCAAAGGGAAUGACAUGCUGGUUUGGCCAACAGAGGUGUGACUGGGCCUGGAGCAGGACUUCCUGGUGUACGACUCUGCGGCCUCUGUGUACACAGACAAGGCAAAGCAGUGGGGUUCCAGAGUCACUCUGCCACCCCUGUUGCCCUACCCUUGAAACAUUUCCUCCCUGGAAAAUGUAUGCUGGCUUCCAGCAGGGGUGGCCUAGACUUCCUGAACCUUCCAAACUGCAGACAGAGCUGAGCAGGGAGAGCUUGUCGGCUUGCCAGGUCUGCUAGCACAGGUAGCCCUGGCCCUACAGAGCCCCAGACAGAUGAGGCAGCCCCAGAGUCAGACUUCAGGGGUGAUAUCAUGGGCUGUCACCUUCAUGCUGUUUUCAGGGACCACCUGUCACAAGCCAGGCCAGUCUCCUUUGUCCUGUGCCAACAGCAAUCUCUGACCAUCCUCAAGAUGUCCUCCUCCUCAAAGCCUGUUUUUAAAGUUUCCCAAGAGGCUACAGGCACAGUGAACGUGGCCAUAGUCAAAAGUAAAUUGAGGGGCUGGGGAUUUAGCUCAGUGGUAGAGCGCUUACCUAGGAAGCGCAAGGCCCUGGGUUCGGUCCCCAGCUCCGAAAAAAAGAACCAAAAAAAAAAAUUGACUUUUCCUGGUCCCUACUAUCCACCCCGAGAUUCAGUACCCUGAACCAGAUAGGAGGCUUUUAGAGGGGCCAAAUGUCCCCAUUUCACAUGCAUGCAUGUAUGUGCAUGUAUGUGAAUGAAUGUGUAUGCGUGUGCGUUUUCAUCCAGAGGUCAUUAUGACGACACCCAGGAUGUUUCUGUCCUAUUCCUGUAACUCUUGGCCAAUAUAAUAUUUCCUCAGAGGCUCCCUGCCUGUAUUUUUCUGAGUUGGCUGCCUUGGGCCCUCCUGGAGCACCCAUAUUUCAGAAAAUCAUCAGAAUCUGUCAGACUGGAACAGCUGACAGAUAGGUGCCGUGCUUAGACAUCUCACCCAUCUGGGCUGGAGAACAAAGGUUCGAGACUAGGUAAAGCACAAAGCUUUGAUUGUGAUUGGAGGGCACUGAAAUAGAGGGGAAUUCAUGGCUAAUAAGGAGGACGUGGGGUAUGAAGGAGUGUAAGUUAUAGAUGUGUCUAAGCAUGUUUCUGGAGUAGAGGCCGUGGUGUCAAGGGCUGAUAAAAGGGACAUAGCCCUGGAUAGCCCAGUUCCCAUUGCCAAGCCCUGCUCCCUGCUCACACCUGGCUUCCUGCUAACAGUGCCCUCUGUCCCUCCCACCUCAGCUGAAGCCCGACUUUUCAGAUGAGCUCUCAGAUGAGCUCCAGCAUCAGCAGAGGUUUGGGGGCUGGCCCACCUGUGCAGGCUCUGAGAACCCAGAGUCUCAGCACUGUGUACCUUUCCUCCAGGCAGAGGCUUAGCUCGCUAGGGUUGCUACAGUAGUUCACCCACUCCCUGCUAGGCAGAGCAAAGUCCUGCACAGGAAGCCACGCUGCUUGGGGUCCUAGCAUGGAGCAACCCUGAGCUGUCAGGGUUUUGAGCCCCAAUAGCCCAGAGCAGGAAGGAACUGGCCCACCUUACUGGUCAGGUGAACUUAGAGUCCCUGUGUGUGUUGCAUCAGCCAACCUUCAAAUGGUGGAAUUCACCUGUAUCUUAGUCCCUAGAGACCUGGGAGAAAAAUCCUCCCACCCGCCGUGGCAGGGCCUCCAUUUUUUGGUAGAGGCCCAGAAAGAGGCUCUUGAGACUCCAGUUGUCUCAAAAUUAAGGGAGCAGUGGAGUGCUAGCUAAGCUCCCAGAUCCAAGCUCCCUAAGAUGCCCCGGUCUAUCAGCUCUCUAGGCCUUAUUUUGGGGAGCCUGGGCCCCUCUUCCGGUUUGUCCAUUUGGCCCCAACUCCAGGAUCAAGAGGGAGGUGAAACCAGAUUCCUUACCUCCUUUUAGGCAAUCCCACCUAAAGUAGUCCUGUCUUGGCAGCCUUUCCCGGGAGCUGGCCUGUCUGUCUUUUCGUCUGCAAAGAUGUCUUGCUCCCACAAAUAUGUAUUAGUCCUGGGUCUUUGAUUCCCCCACCCCAAUGUCCAAAGUGUGCCAGGAUGUCUCUGUUACCCAGUAGAGGUUCCUGAUGUCAUCCAUCUGUCCGUCCCUGCAUCAGCUGUCCAUCUUCCAGAGGUACCUCUCCUCCCUGCUUACCCCUCACCAGAUGGAGUGACAGCUCUCUGGGGACAGGCAGGGUGGCCGCACUCAGUAACUAAUCCAAAUGGCAAAUAUUUUGUAACAAAAUAGCCCAGAGGUAUUUUAUCUGUUCAAUUCCUAGAGUUUUAGAGAUUCUAUUGAACUGUGUCACUUGAGCAAA